CAACUUCCUAACGGCGCUAUUCAGGGAACUCGUUUUAAAAUGCUUCCAAAAACAAAGGAUACAGCGGAAAUGCUAGGAGCUGGCAAAGAGGACGCCAGACCAGAGCCUGUACUGGUCCCUUUUCUAGAACUGACCGGUGUGGCGCAGCUUCCAGAGAACACCAACUGUCUGACGUGCACAGCAGACGGCAGAUUUCUAGGCUUGGCUCACACUCAGGGCCUCUCUGUGUGGUGCGCUUCCUCUUUCACCCGGGUUGCGGAAUGGCUUCAGUCACAGCUGGAAUUGAUCUUCAUCCAGAUGACCAGAAUGGCUGAGAUGACCUAUCUGCUUGGGACCGUGGAUGACAUGGGUGUUGCCAGAGUGUUUGGAUUUCACUCAGACGACAUUCAUCUUCUCAGUAUUAUCAACAUAAUGGAAGAUGUCACUGUAAGAAGCAUUUUUUUGACAUUUGACCUACAUGAAGGUGGGCAUUAUGGAGCUGCAUCAGUAAGCUGCAAUGGUGUAGUGUGGCUAGAGGUCUAUCAGUUUCCUGUAGAGCAAUGGCUGAGAGAGCUAGAGAUGGUGUCAUCACAAAAAAAGGAUGAAAAUGUAACCGAAGGAUUGGACAUAAAAUGGUCUCCAUUUACACUGAUGAUGAAAAUCUCUCCACCUACACCUCCAACGGGAAAGCCAUUGGACUUUUUGACACACUGUUUGACUGUCGAUAUAAUCAGAAGCAGCCGCCUUCACAAGGAACAACCCUCCUCCAGUUCAGAUGCUGCAACAACAAAGAAGACACACGAAAGCCCGAGUUGCACUCAGCACUUUCUCCUGCCUUGCCGUGGGCCAACUGGGGACAGUACAGAAAACCCAGCGGGACUCCCUGUGGCUGUCGCCGUGUGGUGGAGCGGAUCCACUAGUCUCCUUCAGUAUUUGCUGCAAAAAACCCCAAAGAACAAAUCAGGAAGAACAUCUAAUUAUUUAUGUAUUUUUAAAUAUUCAGAAUCGGUACGCCUUGUUGUAAUAAAACACUUUCUUUUUCGUUUGUUUAUUUUUGAAGCAGAUGUGACACCCAUGCCAGAAAUGCUGUGGCCAAAUGCGAAGGAAAUCCUCUGCUCUGCUGUCAGCAGAUGUACUUACUUGAUCGCUCUCGGGCUCAAGGAUGCUAUGGUGUGCAUCUGGAACAGGCAAUCUGGAGCCCCGGUCUCAAUUGUUCUGGUGCCAGGAGAAACCAGUGCCUUCUCCAGGAUACAGUUUGUUGACAACUGGUCUGUUCCUGCUCAGGACUGUGUCACUGUGGGCACAGAACCGGUCAGAAUGCUGACGUCGUGUAAAAACGGAGCAAUUUACAUGGUGACUGCAGGACUAGGCAUGCGGUCCAGCUCCAUCCAGCUCUUCCAAAGACCAAAAGACAGCAGGGAUCUCCCGACUGUUGCUAUACCUGUGCCUUUCCUGCAGGCUGUGUCACUUAUCAUGCAAAGAAGUGGAAACAUGUUCCUGACAGAAGCCAUCAGCAGAGAAACCGUGUGCUACCUGACUCUUCCGACAUCCCACCAAACCGCUUCACUCUACAAUCCUGUUUACACGCUAAAUGCCGAACAGCGAGCGCUGUUCAUACGAGGUGACCAGGAAACCAGUAAUUUGUUGGAGAGGCGAAACCAGAGUCAGCUCUUUGUCUUCUAUUUCAGUCAGUCUGACAUCAUUAAGCCUCACAUUGAUUGUCCCAGACAGCCAACAGCACGUCACCAUGGUACCCUGGAGGAAAUCUGCAACGUCUAUCUUGAGCAAAGAGCGCAAUCUGUGGAUGACAGGAACAAAGCUCUUGAGCAAACAUGGGGAAAGAUGCAGAAAACCGCGUCGGCGUUGCAGCGCACACAUCGGAGCCACAAACAUCAGAAGAAUCUCAACAAAUGAGUCACUGAUCGGAUAUGAAAUAUGAUAUUUUUGUUCCUUCAAAGCCACCUACUUUUGUUUCUCUGUUCUCAGCACUUGUUUCAACUCAGUAGCAGGACAGGAGCCAGCAGCUAGUCUGAAUCAGACACAGUGGAUGCGUUUCAUUUGUAGCUGCUGACAGAUUAGAAUUUACAAAACGCUGCUCGCUUUCAUAAAGCGUCUCUUUUAAGAAUAAUACGGCUGGAAAAAAAAAAAAAAGGAUUGCAUUCCUGAAGCUUUGCUUCACGUUUAGUAUCAGGGCUGGGCGAUGCGGCUUAAAAAUAAAAACUGAUUUAUUUUUUUUUUAUUCAUGCAAGAUUCAAUUUCUGAUUUUGUUAGAUGUUUCUUCUGUGCUCUCUUUUCUACAAAAGGAAAUCACAAAUGACAGGAAAUAUUGUCAAAAAGUGGCUUUUAUUUCAGUCAUCCUUUCUGCGAGUUGAAUGACGGAGUGCUAUGGCCAGGCUACGAGACUGCUUGUCUAAUUUAAGAGGAGAUAGCAGAAUAAUAUUGCCAGAAUAAAGAUGCAAUUUUACUAGAAAAACAUCUUAAAAUUACGAGAAAAAAGUCCCUUAGUAAGAAACAGUCUCAAUACAUUUUUUUGUUGAUUUUUGUGGUGGAGUACUCGCAAAAUGACGGCUUUGUUAUCCUAAUAUUGUAACUUUGUUCUGAUAAUUUUAAGACUUUAUUCUUGUAUGAUUUCGCCUUUAUUUUCUUAUAACUACGACUAUAUUCCUGUAAACUUAACACUUUAUUCUCGUUAAAAAAAAUACAUUUUCGCUUGACCUUUG